AUUAUUGAUGGCCCUUUUCGCAUUGUCGAGUGUGGUGUAGAAAAUUAUCGCUUCCAUCGUACCACCACACAGUGAACUGGUUGUACGUCAUGAACUCUCCCAAAAUGACUUUAAUCAACAAAGGCAUAGCACUCAAGUUGUUGAAACGAGUAGAUGUUCUUUCCGAAUCCCAAUCUCUCGCUUUAGAUAUAGGUGGUUCCUUGGCAAAAAUUAUAUACUUCCAACCUGACGGAGCUAAUCGAAGAAAGGAAAGAACGGACGGGAUUCCGAAACUAUGUAUUGACUACUUGGACCCUAAGAGAGAAGGUUCUUCAAUAUCAGUUCGAGUACCAGAGCUGAAUGGAACUCUGCACUUCUUUUGUUUUGAAACUCGAAAUAUUGAAGAUUGUAUUAAAUUUAUAUCAGAACAUUACAGACAGAAUGGCAAAGAGAAAAGAAGAGUUAGAGCAACAGGUGGAGGAAGUUAUAAAUAUGACAAGUUAUUUAGCGAAGUGGGUGUGGAAUUGACCAAGUUGGAUGAGAUGUGUUGUACUGUGGCUGGUCUUACUUUUCUCCUGACGCACUUUGACCACGAAGUAUUUUCUUUCUUGUAUCCUGAUGGAACUUUGCCACCACCAGGGCUUCCUGAGUCUGCUCCAGCGUUGGCGGAGUGCAGAAGAUUUGUAGAUGCCCGUCCCGAUCCAUUUCCUUAUCUUUUAGUUCAUAUUGGUAGUGGUGUGAGUAUAGUUAAAGUGACAGGUCAUGGAAAGUUUGAGCGAGUGAGUGGUUCUACUAUUGGUGGAGGCACUUUUUGGGGUCUUUGUCGGUUGCUUACCAAUUGUAAAACUUUUGAUGAAAUAAUUGAAUUGACAAAAGAAGGCAACAAUGAAAGAGUAGAUAUGUUAGUUGGUGAUAUCUACGGAGGAGAUUAUUCAAAAGUUGGCUUAGGAGCUGGUGUUAUUGCUUCUUCAUUUGGUAAAGUUACAAUGAGGAAGGAACCUCCUCCUACAUUUUCCAACUUGCGAAAGGCUUGGAGAAGAGUUGUUUGUGGAACGUUUUGGUUAUGGUGUGACUUUAUGUUAAAUAUUCCUAUUUUGGGUCAUUUUCUUCGUUAUUUGGGGUUAGAGAAGCAUUUACGUUCGAGAAUAGCAAAUAUUCAUUUUGGUAAAAUCUUCAGAGCGGAAGAUGUUGCACUUUCUUUGUUACGUAUGAUUUCAUAUAAUAUUGGACAGAUUGGAUAUUUAAAUGCGAAAAGAUAUGAUUUGCCAAAGAUAUAUUUUGGAGGCAACUUUAUUCGGGAUCACCCUUAUACAAUUGCUUCGAUAUCUUAUGCUGUUCAUUUUUGGUCUCAUGGUCAGACGCAAGUAAGUAUUGAGAAAGAAUUUGAUAAGGCCAUGAAUGAAAGCUCAUUUAGGCAUUGUUUCUAUUACAUGAUGGAUAUUUAGGAGCAUUAGGAGCUUUUUUAGGUGGUGAAUCGACUAUAUCGGAAAAUUCCUAUUCCGAAAUGUAAUAAAGUGUUUCAUAUGGAC